CGUCUUUCCUUGUUUGUGUGCCAUAGAGACAAAGGGAAUACAAGAUAGGUGAUGAUCGAAUAAGGAAAGCCAACUGGAUUUGUGGUCUAAAUCUAAAGAGACCACCCGUACAGAGAUCCUUCAAAACAAAAAAUCAAAAAAAAAGAAUCCUUAAUUCAUUCCCUCUUUUUCUACCCUAUAAAUUGCGUUUAGAUCAUCUAAAGACUUGCAAGAACAUGCUCUUUCAACUGCUUCUCUAGGGUUUCUCUUUGUUCUUUGCCCAAAUCUCGAACUUAAUUAAGUUUUUUGUGUUGGUUUCUUGCUCAAACUUGGAAUUAUGGUGAGAGGAAAGGUGGAGCUGAAAAGAAUAGAAAACACAACAAGCAGGCAGGUGACUUUUACUAAGAGAAGAAAUGGGCUUUUGAAGAAGUCUUGUGAGCUUUCUGUUCUUUGUGAUGCUGAAGUUGCUGUGAUUGUUUUCUCUCAAAAGGGAAAACUUUAUGAGUUUUCAUCCUCCAAUAUGCAGGAAACAAUAGAGAGGUAUCGUGAACAUGUUAACAUGGAUCGAAGCUACAAUCCUAAUACUGAAGUACAUAAUCAGAAAUUGAAGCAGGAAGCAGCUAUCAUCAAACGUGAAAUAGAGCAACUCGAAGCUUCACAACGGAGGUUUCUUGGUCAAGAUUUGGUAUCAUGUUCAUUGGACGAACUAAGUGAAUUAGAUAGCAGGCUGGAACAUACCUUGAGAACCGUUAGGGCGAGAAAGGCUCAAUUAUUUAAAGAACAAAUUGAAAACCUGAAAGCAAAGGAAAGAUACCUCUUGGAAGAAAAUUCCAGAUUGUGCCAAGAAAACACAAGUUUAUGCCAAAAGCAAAGAGAUACGUUGAAAUGCAGCCGCAGUAGCAAGUUUUCAGAGGUGGAAACCGAUCUUUUUGUUGGCCUGCGCCUCUCUCAGAAUGCUUGAGAAUUAUAGUCUCAGAAUUGGAAACCGAUCUUUUUGUUGGUUUAGUACCUGAAAGAAAAUACAUACAUAUAUUCUAUAUAUAUAUGAAGGAGAAGCAAGAAACUAUACAACAAGAGGUAUCAACUAUAUGAAGCUGUCAAUUGUGAUGCAUGUAUUUAAGAAUAAGAUCCUAAUUGCUUAUACAAGAUAUUGAAUUACUUCUGUCUCCUGUAAUAAGUAUACUGAACAAGUUACGUUACAAUAUCUUGUAUUCCUGUAUCCUUUAUCUUAUAAAUAAAAAUAAAAUUAUAUGGUC